CAUCUCGACACCCGGAGUUCCGAUUGAGUCGUUUCAAGGCUUCUGCGGUCAUAUCUUUCUCUUCCAACGGCCGCGACCGCUUCGGGCCCACCGUGGUGGACAUACUCUGGAAUUUGGUCAGUUGUUGCUCAAACUGCUGCGGAGUGGUGUCUACUACGUGCACCCGUCACCGCCAUAUUUUCCCUGGACACGAGGAGAGAAAAAGGAGAAAAAAAAAGGAUGGUCCAGUACAUCUUGACUCCGUGGCGCGACCGUCGCGAGCUUCUUGACGUCAGGCGCCAGUUCUACGCGGCUGAAGUCUCGGCACUUUCAACUACCGAUGCCGGCGACUCUGGCGUUCUCUCGACAACAACGGCGUCGUCGUCACUUCAUGCCAGCGCAGACACCGUCGCGAAUGCAGAAAAGCAACAGGCGAGGCACGAUGCCGUGGCCCGUGUAUCUAUGUGGAUGCAGCGCGGGGCGUGCCCUCACCUAGUCGAAUCGACGGCGCUGCUGACCGCGGCCAUUCUGAGCGAUGCUGCAUCUGGGAGUACAGGGACCUACGCUGCGCGAGCUGCGUAUGCUGCAGCGUUUAGUCGAUUUGUCACUGGCCUCCUAGAUGGCCAUCAAGACAAGCAGCGUAAGAUGAGUAUGUACGCAGUGGCCAAGACAAUCGGUUUGCCCGCCACCUUCGUGGAACUGCGGCACCAGGCCACCCACGAGCAGCUGCCGUCGCUAGCCAAGCUGCGGUCCGCGUCACGUAGGGCGUUGGCGUGGAUAUGGGACUACUACUGGCGGCAUCUGACGGAACGGCAGAACGACGGAGGGGCGGGCGGAGACGAUGAGGGUUGCCGAACCGCCAUUCUCAAGUACCUGGACGAGGGAGGUGAAGAUCGGGGAGAACUGCGUGCAAUGGUCAAGAAAUGGGGUGAUAUUCGCGUGCUGGAGUCGCUAGAGGGUAUCGCUGACGCGCCUCCCUCCAACGCCGUCCUGCUUAGCGCUCUUCGGUUGUCAAGAGAGCUACUACAGGGUGGCUUGAUGGAGGAGUUGAGCCGGGCUAUCAAGGACGCUGAGAAGGCGAAGCUGGAAAUGCAGCGAUUGCGACAGGAGUUCGACGAUGCGUCCCGUUUGGAGACUGGGGAGAGAAAGGGCCGAUCAUUGUCGUCCUCGACAGUAAUAUGGGCUGAGAAGGACACAGGUUGGUCACGAUAUGAGGGAGUGUGGAGGCCGAAGCCAAUUGGAAUGGUAUAGAGAAUUAUAUCACCAAUGAGAGAUACCCUUGGGACGACCUACUCCGUAAGAGGUGAAUGUGAAUAUUCCUUCAUGUUGCUUCUCUCUACCGG